AUGACAGGCCCAUCUAAUGCCUACAUUGGCCAUGGCCCUGCCACUUUGAUCUCGGAAGAAAUCGCUGACAUCCCCAUCAACCCUUCUGCUUGUUUGGCGCAAGGCCAGCCAGACAUGCCAUACAGGUGGGAAGUGGAGGAGCAGAACAGGAACAUCUCCCCAAACUCCAUGAUCCCUCAAUCAGUCGCAGAUGCUUUCAACGCGCAGAACCUUAUGCACCAGAAAAUGCCGGUCCUCCUUCCACAGCAGCCGUUCGAACGCUACUCGGAAAACGACAACGGCGCGGCAAUCUUUGCUGUCGAGUUUGAGAGUCUUUUCGACGCGUUCGAUGCCGAUCUUCGCAUUGAUGAGCUCCUUGAGCUUCGCAAGUCGCUGACCACUCCGAGCCCUGCUGAUUUGAGACACGUGAACUUCCCGAAGCAGACGGCUCCGGCCAGCAAGGGGAAGGCAAAAGCGUCCGAGAUCACCGAUCAUCAGCAGCCCCUCAUUGCGCGCGAAAUGGCCAAGUCUGCGACCAUGGGCUAUCGCAGCCUCAUUCGUAGCAUGGAGCAUUUUGACGAACUAGAAGAGGCGUACGACAACCACAUUCGAAAGGAUGUGCUGGAGAGCCCUGCUGAGACCGACGCGACCUGGCCUGUGUCGCAAGAGAUGCAGUAUGGCUACAUUGGCCAGGCCUUUGCAGCCAUCUUUGACACGGCCAGCUUUGCCGAGAAGACUGCCGCGCUGGCAAAGCAAGCUCGAAUCGACGAAACCAAUGCCGCCACCCAGGAGACGCCGGCAGAAUGCCAGACGGGUGCAUCCAAGAAGCGCAAGCUUGACCACGGCGGGCCCGCUGCCACGAAGCGACUUGAAAAGCUCAACACUACCGAGGCGACCCUUGCCGACCCGAAGAGCACCCCUCAGAAACAGCUAAGGGCCAUCAUACACUACGACCUCACAGACUUCGAGGCUGAACUGCGUCAGGCUCAGAAGCAGCAAGAAGGGUUCACAAUGAAGGCACCUUGGGGUGGCAAGACAGCCCGCGUCUGGGAAAAUUACGACUCUUUCGCAGAGCGCUGGAAUCAGAUUUGUUUAAUGUUGAAGGCCAAAGCAAGCAAUCGCGUGCUCAAUGCGAAGCGCGACGAAGAGAGUCGUGUUGGUAGACGAGUCAUCAAAAGCAGUAAGGCCGGCAUGGUGGAACAGUAG